CUCUCCCAUUUCCCCUUCCCCUCCGUCCCCUCCCGGCGCCUGCGCGCGGCGCGUCCGGGCGGAUCCGGCGGAAGCGCCGGGAAGGUUCCGGGGCCGCGAUGGCUCCGGACCCCUGGCUGCCGCUGCUCGCCGCCGCUCGCCAGCUCGCCCAGGACAUCGCCGAGAAGCUGCAGGAGCGGAGCCGCUGCCAGCGGAGCGGGGAGAGCUCGGCCAAGGUCAACGUGGCCAUCAGGUCCUCGCUGCAGAGCCUCAGGGAGAAGAUUGAGCAGCUGAGGGAGCAGCUGCUGCGGGCGGUGUCCACACGGCAGAUCACACAGCUGGAGGGGGACAGGAGGCAGAAUUUGGUGGACGAGCUCCUGACACGGCACAGACAGCUGGAGGCAUCCUACAGGAAUGAAGGCCCCGAGGCAGACGUGAGCAGAUCCAGCCUCAUGGCAGGAGGGGCCAAACGAGGCGUCACCAACCCCUGGCUCUUGGAGGAACCGGAGGAGACCAGAGGACUCGGCUUCGAUGAGCUCAGGCAGCAGCAGAGAAGGAUCAUUGAAGAACAAGAUGCUGGACUGGAUGCUCUUUCUUCAAUCAUAUCUAGGCAAAAACAAAUGGGGCAGGAAAUUGGGAAUGAGCUGGAUGAGCAGAACGAGAUCAUCGACGACCUCACGAACCUGGUGGAGAACACGGACGACCGGCUGCGCAGCCAGACACGGCACGUGAAGAGGGUGGAGAAGAAAUCGACGUCCUGCGGGAUGCUGGUGGUGAUCGUGCUGCUGCUCAUCGCCAUCGCCGUGGUCGCGCUCUGGCCCACGGGUUAACCCCGUCCCUGCCGGAGCAGCUGCUCCAGGGGAGCUCCGGGGCUCGGGGAGGGACCUGCUGAGGGCAGGGAAUGAACUCCAUCCAUCGCUGGGAAUAAACUCCACAGCUGGGAAUAAACUCCACAGCUGGGAAUAAACUCCACCGCAGCAGACUGAAGCGGCAUCCACCAGACCUCCGCUCUCCUUGGAGCGCGGCUGAGGAGCUCUGUGGGAUCUGGGGGAUUUCAGUGGGAAAAAGGAUUUCAUCCCACGCCUCCCACCUUCCUCUGGCACUCCAGCAGCUGCAGCUGUGGGAUGGAGCCACCUCUCCUGCGUCUGGGGACACGCUGGUGCUGCUGCCCUGCCCAUCUCGCUGAGCUCAGACAUCCCAGGGGCUCCAGACACCGAAAUCCAGGAGUGGUUUGGGGAACAGCAACUGGAGAGCAGCAAGUGGAGAGCAGAAACUGGAGAGCAGCAAGUGGAGAACAGCAAGUGGAGAACAGCAACUGCAGAACACAACAUUCCCCUGCUUUGGGCUCCCACCUUCACAGAGAAAAUGCUCCGUGGUUUUCAAGGAAUCCUCGUGGGGAAUGACUGCAUGGGAUUCUCCCAGGAUGGGAAGCCACAGCCCUGCAGGACCCUGUGGGCUGCACGGAACGCUGAGCUCUGCUGAGCCCCUGCGGGAGGCUGGUGGGUUAUUGAUCCCCAGGGGUACUUAUUGGUGGGUUACUGAUCUCCAGGGCUAGUUAUUGGUGGGUUACUGAUCCCCAGGGGUAGUUAUUGGUGGGUUAUUGAUCUCCAGGGCUAGUUUUUGGUGGGGUACUGAUCUCCAGGGAUGGGAACUGAACAGCAGCAGGACUCAGCCCAGCCUGUGAGAGUGGAGAGCUUUGCCCUCGUGUGCUCCCCAGGGGCUCUGCCAGCCUGGCCUCGGGAGAUGCACCAGAAUUAACGUCCUCACUGAGCUCUGGCUCUUCCUUUGACAGCUCCUCACACCCUUCUACAGCUGAGAGGAAGGAUUGCCUAUUUCAAAACUAAUGAAAAAGAAGUAUUAAAUGUUUGCUUCUGGCCAAGAGAAUAAUUAUUUUGUUACACAUGUCAGUUUGAUUUCAGGAUUAAUAGAGCAAGCAAUAAAUACUGAUUAAAGCGGAUCCAUUUCUAUACAGUU